CGCUGUGGCCCCGGGCUGGUGUGCGCGAGCCGCGCCUCUGAGGCAGCGCCCGAAGGCACCGGGCUGUGCGUGUGUGCGCAGCGCGGCGCCGUCUGCGGCAAACGCUCCUACCCCAGUGUCUGCGCCCUGCGCCUGCGCGCCCGGUACUCGCCCCGCGCGCACCUAGGCCACCUGCACAAGGCACGCGACGGCCCCUGUGAAUUUGCUCCUGUGGUCGUCAUUCCACCCCGGGGUGUUCACAACAUCACCGGGGCACAGGUGUACCUGUCCUGUGAGGUGAGGGCUGUGCCUCCCCCAGUCAUCACGUGGAAGAAGGUCACACGGUCCCCCGAGGGCACCCAGGUGCUGGAGGAUCUGCCUGGGGACCACAUCAACAUAGCUGUCCAGGUGCGAGGGGGCCCUUCUGACCAUGAGGCCACAGCCUGGAUUUUGAUCAGCCCUCUGAGAAAGGACGACGAGGGAGUAUACCAGUGCCAUUCGGCCAACGCGGUCGGGGAGGCCUUGUCCUAUGGCACGGUGACAGUUAUCGAUCUGAGUACACCCACCUUUCCAGCUGCAGAUGACCGCAUGUGACGGAGUCUUAAAAACAUUGAUCACAGGAUGACAGAAAAGUCAAGCCUUGGAUCAUUUUGCUUUGUGAAGAAUUGGGACAACUGUGUUUGUAGGUUAACCCUUUUGUAUGUUUUUAAAAAUUAGAUGCAAACUAGAUUCAUACACAGAUGUAGUUUUUAGCAGGGAAAACACUGGGAAAACAGACUGCAUGUAGCUUUUUUAUACUUUUGAAAUGAAUCGCUCUGUGAGAAUUUUUUUUAACUACUCUCUCCCAGGGAAGAUCACUUUGUGACAUAAUCGUAAUUCUAAAGGGCUGAACGAGGCAUGUGUCAGCUCUGACUCUUACCUCAUUUGUCUGUGUGUUAUAGGAGGAUGGGGCGGAGGCGGGGGGAGGCCGGGGUUCCCUCUGCCUGACUUCUAACUUGCUAUGUGACCUAGACAGGUCCUUCCCUUCACUGGGCCUAGGUCUCUUCACCUGUGAAUAUGACAUUUGGACUGGAUGUUACCCAUGUCCCUUUGAGCCCUGCCAUACUAGAGUAAGAUGGCUCUAUGGAAAAAAUACAGGAAAUGUGGUCUUAGCAUUCUUUUUAAAGUAGCCAUUUCCUCCAAAAUAAAUGCCACUGCUUCAUACUAGGGUGUGAACAGCUGGCAAUAGCUCUUCUAUUCCUGCCAUUUUCCCAUUUUAAAAAGAUUUAAUCCUAAAUGGGACACUUUACCAGACUCAGAAGUACCCUUGGCUGGGCAUUUGGGGACCAAGAUAUCCACUUGUUAACAAGCCCAGCAUUCACUAACCAGAUGGGCAGUGGAGACCUGGCUUCUGGACACCAAAUUGUAAAAACAGGGUCAGAUGCUCUCUCUGGGCUGUGUAAUUAGAGUGUAGUAGAAUAUGUUUUACUUAGAGGUGUUUUGACUUCACCCAGGAAUAAGGCAGGCUGUCUUUCUUUCUCUCUCUUUCUUUCUCUUUCUUUCUUUCUUUCUUUCUUUCUUUCUUUCUUUCUUUCUUUCUUUCUUUC